UGUACUGUAGCAAACAAGCAGGACAGCACUUGUUUGAUUAAUGCAUGAACCAGCACUAACCUAUAUGCCACAGCAUUGCUCGAUGGAGACCAAUGUGAUAUUUAGUUCAGUUACAGACAAGACGGAUAGCGUAGUAACAUACAGUCCGUAUUGAAGAUAAAUAACCUACGCGUCAUAAGGGUUAUCGUCGACAAUGUCCUCUGAAGAUCAUGAUGAUGAAGAGGGGGGCUACCAGAGCCCUGAAGAGGUUUUGUCUAAUGAGGCUCAAAUCUACAGGAUACGAUUCUCUGCUGCUAAACAUGUGGAGGUGGAGUUUUGUAAAAAAGAAGACACAAACAAGAAAAGACACCCACCAGGCCGCUCAGGAAACAACCCGGGGAGAGUGAAGCGAGUCGUGUCCUGCAAGAGGAAGACCCACCGGCACCUCACCGUCACCUCAGGGACCCGGAGGAAGUCUCUCUCAACAGGGAAGCAUCCAGAUAUAGGUGGUGGUGGUGACAGCGGCAGCAGCAGCAAGGACGAGGACGAGCCAGAAGACAUGCAGGAGCUGACCCACAGAGAGUGCUGGGAGGGCCCUCAGCAUAGGGACCAAGAGACCAGGAUGAAGGAGGACAUCUCCAAGUACGGAGACUUCUUCAAAGAGUUGUCCCAAGACCACAGGAUGAUGACACAAGUGCUUUCUGGAAGGCACCUGCGGCUCAAGAUAGCAUCCAGCCUGUGGAAAAGAAGUGCAGGAGAAUUACUGGCAUAUUUAUUAAGGCUUGAAGACACAAGCUUGCUUGUCGACUGCCUGCCUAUAAUAACCAAACGCCUUCAGGACGACACAUCAGACAUCAACAUUGGCUUCUGUGUGGAUCUUCUACCAUUGGUGAAGAGCGCCCUCAGGAGUCCAUCUGAAGACUACCUGAUUGUGGGUUUGAGCUGGGUGCAAUCUGUCCUGAACAAAUGGUGGUCCCAGUUUACAGGACAUUAUGAUCAAGCAAGUGCCACAUAUGUAUCUGACAGAAAUGUUUAUAUCAUGAAACACCAACUACAAGAUCUGCAGGAACAGGCGCCCCACUUCUGUUCAUUCUCAGGAAAGACAGAGUGUACAGGCAUGCUUGUUUCAGCUGUCUUGAUGAUUGCUGAUGCAGAGGUGGAUAAGACCAUAACUUCACACAACUAGAGACAAAUUCACAUCACCAAAACACUUGUACAGUUGGCCAACCUCAUUUCACCACAAUGUAGGCUACUAGACAUCUGCUUCAAAAGAAUGUGACUACCUGACUUAUUAUGUUGCUGAUUGUGAAUGUUAUUAUAGCCUACUUUGGUCUUUAGACUUUGAAGUCAAUUCUAUACUGCAUGGUUCCAAAUGUAAGGACGGCUUCAGGGUCACUUUCAUGAAGAACAUUUCAGAGGGCUACUCUGGUCAUAGAGUGCUAGGCGUGAUAUAGACUGUUCUGUGAAAGCCAAUUUCAAGAGGUCAUUAUGAUAAUGAAUCAUUCCACAAAAAGCUGUUCAUCAUCCUCUCACCAAGCUCUUGUAAACGUGUUAUUGCAAAACAGCUGUUAGCAUUAGGCCUAUGUCAUUUUGAUCAUUUUGAUCUGUAAAAAGUACAAUGAUGUCAAAUGCAAUGAUGGUUAAAUUAUGCUUAUUGAAUAUGUAUUAUAAGCAUUAUUGAAUGUUAUUUAAAUUAUGUUUUUUUUUCCCCAACUAUCAUCCAACUUUAACAAACGCCUAUCCGCGAGCAUGUAAU